GUUGAGUAGUAGAUUGAACACGACGUGUCACAAUACAGAGGAAGAUUAUCGGCGUGGCGCCUUUGGGUACCGAGUAACGUCACACAAUGGAGAGAUCAAAAUGGACUGGUGUUGUUCUGUCACUGCUCCUGUCAUUGACCCAUGGGUUUUACGUACCUGGAGUGGCUCCAGUGGAGUUCAAAAAGUCCCAGAAGAUCGACGUGAAAGCUGUUAAAAUGACGAGCACUCACACACAAUUGCCCUACGAGUACUACUCCCUUCCCUUCUGUUUACCUAAGAAUGGAACAUUCGUUUAUAAAUCGGAGAACCUGGGGGAGGUGCUCCGUGGUGAUCGCAUUGUCACUACUCCCUACGAGGUGGCAAUGGGGGAGAAUAUUCCCUGCAGACUUUUGUGUCAUUCCCCUAAGAACCCGAUGACGUGGACCGAGGACGAGUCAAAACGAGUCAUUGAGAGGAUUAAACACGAGUACACUGUUCAUCUGCUGAUUGAUAAUCUACCAGCAGCCACGAAGAAGAUCCAUAAAGAUGACAGUGUCAUUGUUUACCAUGGAUAUCGACUUGGAGAGGCCCUUGGGGACCAAGUGUACAUUAAUAAUUACCUGAAACUCAAGCUGAGUUAUCACAAACAUGGAGAAUCAUCAGCACUCUCGGAAUCCUGUAUACCGUUUUACCCCUUUCUUUCAUGACUGACUUUGCCGUUGGCUAGCUCGGCAUGGGUCAAUGAGUUUUGUCCCAAAAAAAUAGAGUGUUAUCUUGGAAUGCCAAUAAAUAUGUAGUAAAAAU